AUGGCACACUCAAAUACCUUUAUCCUUCUUAUCCUAUGGAUGAUUAUUGUCAUGAUUGGUACAUCAAAUACAGUACAAGGCUCACAUCGAGAUUCCAAUAAACAGAGCAAGGACUUAUCGACAAGUAGUAAUUUAAAUAAUCCAAAUGCUGUCGUUGGCAGUAAUAAAAAUAUUGCUGUCGCAUCUACCGCGACAACAACGGACUCAGAAACUAAUCGAAAUGGCCCAUAUUUCGACGUAGCUGCCAGCAAAAAUGUUACAGCACUACUAGGAAAAACUGCUUAUUUGAAUUGUAGAGUAAAAAAUUUAGGUAAUAAAACGAUGCUACUUCAAGUGUCAUGGGUUAGGCAUAGAGACAUUCAUUUAUUGACUGUGGGAAGAUAUACGUAUACAUCUGACCAACGAUUUAAAGCUAUUCACCAUCCACAUUCGGAAGACUGGAUACUUCAAAUAAAAUAUCCACAACAUAGGGAUUCAGGCAUUUAUGAAUGCCAAAUCUCCACAACCCCACACAUGUCACAUUUCAUUCAUUUGAAUGUCAUAGAACCAUCAACUGAAAUAAUUGGAUCUCCAGAUUUAUACAUUGAAAGCGGAUCAACGAUAAAUUUAACAUGUGUUGUAAGUGAUACCUUUACUAUUCAUGACAGUCCUGAGCCCCCAGCAUUCAUAUUUUGGAAUCACAAUAAUGCUAUAAUAUCCUACGAUUCUCCACGCGGUGGUGUCUCGGUAAUCACGGAAAAAGGUGAAACAUCAACAUCAUUUCUGCUCAUACAAAAUGCAAAACCAUCAGACUCGGGACAGUAUCAGUGCAAUCCGUCGAAUGCAAAGAGUAGGAGUGUUACAGUACAUGUUUUAAAUGGUGCUUCGCAUUCUGUUUCCAGGGGAGUUCCCAGCAGCAAUGCAGCGCGGGGUGCCGUGUCAUCAAAUAGCAUCAAGUCGACAUUAUCUGUUCAUUUGUAUAUCAGUAUUAUUAUCCACGUUUUCCUUUCUCAAAAUAUUCAUAAGCGUUUAAUACAAUUUCUAAGUGGUGAUUUAUGUAAAUCAAUGAUUUGUAAUAUUCUCCUACUACACACGCACACGCUAAACUUUUAUUGGAAGUUAACGAGGCACUUCCUUAAGCGUAGUAAUGUUAAAAUGUUUACAACAAAUGAUCAUGGUGGCUAUGUAGUAGAAAAUCCAAUGACAACAUCAACAUGUUAUCAUCGUGAUCGUCAUCGAUGUAAUGAACGUGAAAGGAUACUUAAUAGGAAUAAUAAUUAUAAAAUUAGUUAUAAUCCAUAUAAAAUAAAUUAUAAAAUGUCCUUUCUUAUACUAUUAUUACUAACACAAAUAAUGAUGAUAUUACAAAUACAUUUAAAUAAAUUUAACAAAUAUGAAAAGACUCACAAUAAUAAUCGAAUAAAUGAUUUAAAAUUCAGUUAUGCUAUUAGGUGA